ACUAUCUGUGCAGCAAAUCAGGUCUAUCCUAGUAGAGUUUUGUUUUAAAAAUGAACGUUCUUUCGUUUAGUGUGAUUAUUCUGUCAAUUGUCUGUUAUGCGUCCGCACUGUCCUGCUACUUUUGUAACAGCGCCGAGGAAGGUAACUGCGACUCGGAACAGUUGAUCCCAUGUGAUACCUACAGUACGGCAGCUGGGAUGACAACCCUAUUCGCACUGAAACCAUUUAUUCCGAUGCUACCCAGUACUAGCUACCAGUGCUACAAACUGGUAGCCGAACAGAAAAUAACGAACAUUAGACUUACGGUCAAGGGAUGUGCCUACGGGACAACUCCGGUUUGUGAUGGAGUUCCGAUGAAUGCGGAUCAGAAGGAGUGCCGCACCUGCACCGGUGAUGGAUGCAACGGGGCAGCGGGUAGACUCGCGUUGACUAGCUAUGGACUGUUGGUAGUUCUAGUCGCAGUUCAUCGACUGAUGGACUUAAAACGAUUUUAGUUGUAUAUUAAGAAAAAAAUACUAAGAAGCACUAAGCUGAAUCAAGCUGAAUAAUCAUAAUGAAAUGUAAUAUAGAAUCAUUAACGGCUCAGUCGCAUUUUGAAGUCAAUAAUUCGAGCCACUUUCUCUUAGUGCUAGUGUUAAUGUACCGUAGUGUUAGAUUUUAGAAAGAGUACUAUUUGUCCAACUGUAUGCAGAAAUGAGCAUUUAUUGUAGUAAGAAUUGUACUGCUCGGAGCGUUUUGCUGCUGGAACCAAUCUCAAACACAUCAUCGAUCAUGAAAACAUUAAACAUAAGAUCCGCCAUCGAUAUACGCUGGUGACGACACAACGGCGACAGAAAUUACUCGUUCAGCAUUAAUAGAUUCAUUGCAUAUCACAAUAUCACAUAUGAUCGGUGUUAGGUCAGACCGGACUAAAUGACAGUGCAUUGAAUUCGAGAAAAACGCGUUUAAAGUUUGAAUCGCAGCAUCCUUUACUUUAUAAUUGGAAAAUAAUUUUUACCAUAAUUCUUGUUUAUUGUUUCAUAUUUCAAAUCUGGUAAAAGUGAAAUGUAGAUGAAGAAAUUCUUUAUCCAAUGCUAUCAUCAACUCAUUUUUCGAUGUUUUGCGACUUGGUCCGGUCUGACUUAACACCGACCAUAUCAUAAAUUGAAAAUAGAGCUAUUCUUAUCAACAACUAGUUCAUUUGAUACAGUGCAAUGGAAUAACUUAUCUGAGU